CAGAGAAAGAAACAAAUAUAGAUAAUAUAUAUAUAAUUACAUAUAUAUAUCCAUAUAAAUAUAGAUAUAUAAAUACAGACUUUAUACAUACAUACACAAUAUUUUUAAAGGUUCAUUUUAGCGUUGCAGGCAGACAAAACUGGAAGAUUAGGAAAAUGCCAAGAGAAAAAGAAAUCUUCAAGAAAUACAGAAUUCCUCGAGCUCCGGGAGAAAAACGCCAGAAACUACGGCUUGACUUCAGCCAUAUUAACAAUGGCCGAAAGUCAACACUGGGUGAUCUGGGGCACCGGACGCAAAUAGAACGUCUACGUUCUUAUGGAAUGACUUCUGCGGGUAAACUACAAAUAAACAGACAGAGUUAUAAAUUCACAGCCGAAGAUCUUAAAGAUCUCGGAUUAAUUGGUCAAGGUAACUAUGGUACAGUCAAUAAAAUGGUACACAGAGAAAGUGAAACAGUAAUGGCUGUGAAAAGAAUCAGAUCAACAGUGGAUGAGAAAGAUCAAAAACAACUUUUGAUGGACUUAGAUGUUGUGAUGAGGAGUAACGAUUGUCCAUAUAUUGUCCAAUUUUAUGGUGCUCUUUUUAAAGAGCAGGGGGAUUGCUGGAUUUGUAUGGAAGUAAUGGACAUAUCUUUAGAUAAAUUUUAUAAAUUCAUAUAUUCAGUUAUGAUAAGUACUAUGCCUGAAGAAAUAUUAGGCAAAAUUGCUGUAGCAACGCUUAAAGCAUUGAAUUAUUUAAAAGAGAAGCUAAAGAUUAUCCACAGAGAUGUGAAACCUUCAAAUAUUCUGCUGGACAGAAAAGGUAACAUCAAACUCUGUGAUUUUGGAAUUAGUGGUCAGUUAGUGGAUUCUAUUGCCAAAAGUCGUGAUGCUGGCUGCCGGCCUUAUAUGGCACCUGAACGAAUUGACCCUCGAGCAUCCAGUCGAGGUUAUGAUGUAAGAUCUGAUGUCUGGAGUCUUGGAAUAACUCUUAUGGAACUAUCUACCGGUCGUUUUCCUUACCCUAAGUGGGACAGUGUUUUUGACCAGCUCACCCAAGUUGUGCAAGGACCUCCUCCCAGUUUGCGCACAUAUGAUUCAAGAUUUUCUGAUGAGUUCAAAAGUUUCUUAUAUACAUGCUUGAUAAAAGAUGAGAGAAGAAGACCAAAAUAUGGAAAAUUAUUGGAUCAUCCCUUUAUCCGUCGUUAUGAAGAGGAAGAAGUGGAUGUAGCUGGUUAUGUAUGCAACGUAAUUGAUCAAUAUUAUGAAACACAGGGACUUUCUUCAACCUCUUAACAAUCAGCCAAUUGCUAAAACAAAAUCAUGGUUUUUGCAUUUAUUUUAUCCACUUUUCUUCCUCUUGGAACCAAAGCAGACUUAGAACUUCAAAGGAAAUUCUGUUAACAAUGCAAAGAAUGAAGAAGAAAAGGGGAUAAAUAAAUAAAUGAAUAAAUAAAUAAAUGAAAUUGAUUUCACACGAGAAAAAUAUAUAUGUAUAUCUGUCUGUAUGUAGGUGUUUAUACAUAUAUAUAUAUACACACACA